UUCAGAUUGACAAGAUUUUCCUCAAUGCCAAGACCAAAUUCCACAGCUAUAAGUGAGUUCACCUUUGAGGGAUUCUCCAGCUUCAAGUGGCAGCACCAGCUCAUUCUCUUUGUGGUCUUUCUAGGUCUGUACUUUAUGACACUGACUGGCAAUGGCAUCAUUGUGACCAUCAUCCACCUUGACCAUCAUCUCCACAUACCUAUGUAUUUCUUCCUGAGUGCAUUGUCCAUCUCUGAGACAUGCUAUACAUUAGCCAUCAUUCCUCGUAUGCUGUCUGGCCUUCUAAGACCACACCAACCUAUUGCCAUCCCAGAAUGUGCUACACAGCUAUUCUUUUAUCUUAUGUUUGGCAUCAAUAAUUGUUUCUUGCUCACAGCUAUGGGUUAUGAUCGUUAUGUGGCUAUCUGCAAUCCUUUACGGUAUUCAGUCAUCAUGGGAAGUGCUUGUGCUCAGCUGGCAUGUGGAUCAUGGGUAAUUGGCCUUGGAAUGGCCAUUACUCAAGUAACAUCUGUGUUUUGCCUCCCCUUCUGUGAUGCCAGUGUCAUCUCCCACUUUUUCUGUGAUGUCCGGCCUCUCCUAAAGCUUGCCUGUGUUGACACCACUGUCAACGAGAUCAUUAAUUUUGUUGUCAGUGUGUGUGUCCUUGUAUUGCCCAUGGGCUUAGUCUUUAUCUCCUAUGUCCUAAUUAUCUCUACUAUCCUCAAGAUUGCCUCAGCUGAAGGCAGGAAGAAGGCUUUUGCCACAUGUGCCUCCCACCUUACUGUAGUCAUCAUCCAUUAUGGCUGUGCUUCCAUCAUUUACCUCAAACCGAAGUCCCACAGCUCUCUUGAGCAAGACAGACUUAUUUCAGUGACCUAUACUGUCAUUACCCCCUUGCUGAACCCUGUUGUAUACAGUCUAAGAAACAAGGAAGUCAAGGAUGCUCUGCGAAGAGCUCUGGGCAAGAAACCCCUUUCCACUUAA